GGUGAUCCCCCGUGUAAGAGUGAGGUGGAGGAGGACAUUCCAGGAGAUGUGACCACAGAAAAUCCCUGUGAGAAGCCUGAAGGAAACAUCAUCAUGUUGUCUCUAGAUUAUAAAGAAGAUGAAGAUACCAGGCAGAGCUCUUCAGGAGAAAACUUCAUUACUUGUACUGUACAUCCAGGACUUCACAAUGCAGAGCCAUCAAAUAAUUCCCCCAAGAAUGAGGAACUUUCUAAUGACCAAUCACAGAUUAUCAACCCAAGUCCAAAUCUAUCAUAUAAUCAUCCUAAACAUGAGGAAUCUUCUCCUGACCAAUCACAGAUUAUUACUCCAAAUAUAGGGCAGAAACGGGGUAAAAGGUUUAAUUGUGAGGAAUGUGGAAAACAUUUCAGAUAUAAGUCAGAGCUUUCUGUACACAGAAAUAGUCACACAGGAGAGAAGCCGUAUUCAUGUUCAGAAUGUGGGAAAUGCUUUCCAUAUAAAUCAUAUCUUUUAAGACACGAGAGAAUUCACACAGGAGAGAAGCCGUAUUCAUGUUCAGAAUGUGGGAAAUGUUUUAACAAGAAGUCAAGUCUUGAUCGACACAAAAGAAUUCACACAGGAGAGAAGCCUUAUUCAUGUUCAGAAUGUGGAAAAUGUUUCAUAGAAAAACUAAAUCUUACUAUACAUCAACGAAUUCAUACAGGAGAAAAACCAUUUUCAUGUUCAGAAUGUGGGAAAUGCUUUAACAUGAAAUCAAACCUUGAUCAACAUAAGAGAAUCCACACAGGAGAGAAGCCAUAUUCAUGUUCAGAAUGUGGGAAAUAUUUUAGAGAUAAAUCAGAGAUUUUAAAACAUGAGAGAAUUCACACAGGAGUUAAGCCAUAUUCAUGUUCAGAGUGUAGGAAAUGUUUUACCAAGAAAUCAAAUCUUGAUCGGCAUAAAAGAAUUCACACAGGAGAGAAGCCAUAUUCAUGUUCAGAAUGUGGGAAAUGUGUUACCAAGAAAUCAAGUCUUGAACAACAUAAGAGAAUUCACACAGGAGAGAAGCCAUAUUCAUGUUCAGAAUGUGGGAAAUGCUUUGUCAGGAAAUCAAAUCUUGAUCGGCAUAAAAGAAUUCACACAGGAGAGAAGCCAUAUUCAUGUUCAGAAUGUGGGAAAUGUGUUACCAAGAAAUCAAGUCUUGAACAACAUAAGAGAAUUCACACAGGAGAAACGCCAUUUUCAUGUUCAGAAUGUGGGAAAUAUUUUAGAGAUAAAUCAGAGAUUUUAAAACAUGAGAGAAUUCACACAAAAGUUAAGCCAUAUUCAUGUUCAGAGUGUAGGAAAUGUUUUACCAAGAAAUCAAAUCUUGAUCGGCAUAAAAGAAUUCACACAGGAGAGAAGCCAUAUUCAUGUUCAGAAUGUGGGAAAUGUGUUACCAAGAAAUCAAGUCUUGAACAACAUAAGAGAAUUCACACAGGAGAGAAGCCAUAUUCAUGUUCAGAAUGUGGGAAAUGCUUUGUCAGGAAAUCAAAUCUUAAUCAACAUAAGAUCAUUCACACAGGAGAGAAGCCAUAUUCAUGUUCAGAGUGUGGUAAAUGAUUUACAGAUAAAUCAUAUCUGGUUGCACAUCAGAGAAUUCACACAGGAGAGAAGCCAUAUUCAUGUUCAAAUUGUGGGAAAUGUUUCACAGAAAAAAAACGUCUUACUACACAUCAGAGAAGUCACAAAGGAGAGAAACCAUUUUCAUGUUCAGAAUGCGGGAAAUGCUUUACCAAGAAAUUAAGUCUUGAACAACAUAAGAGAAUUCACACAGGAGAGAAGACAUGUUAAUGUUUUGUGUAAGAAUAAUGUUUUACAAAGAAAUUAACCACCUCCAGACUGAUUGCACUUUCAUGACAGCCUUUUUUUGUAAAUCUGACUUGUCGCUUUAUGUGAUAACUUUGGAAUUCUUUUACUUAUCCAAACAAUUCUGACACUUUUUUCGUGACACAUUGUACUUCAUCAUAAUGGUAAAUUUGGCUUGAUAUAUUUUGCCUUUAUUUAAAAAAAUAAAAUGUAUGACCACCAAAUAUAGAAAGGCACACCUGAAGAUGCAGAGAAAGCGAGAAAUAUUCCAAGCUCCAGUAUUGCAGGCAAACUAACCCCCCACCAAGCACAGAAAUGUGCAGACAAACAUCUGUGUUAUCUAUCGGGGUAGGGAAGUAGUUUUAAGAAUGAUUUGAAGACCUGCAAAAACAUUAAGACCUCUGUAGACCACACCUGCCUAGACAGGGGUUUCUAUGGACAGCAGUCUACAUGAUGCACAUUUAAAUAACACAAUUCAUUAAUGCAAACGAUAAUUUAAUUUUUAGUUUCAACAAUUUAAAAGAUAAUAAAUGAGCAUUUUUGGUUCAA